CGGAUUCUCUUCCCUCGGCGCGGGGCUCUGUUUGAGGUUGGAGUACGCCAGGGACUCCCCCUCCCACCGCUACACACGCGCGCACACGCGCGCACUCACACGCACACGCACCACUCUUUGCAGACAGGGCUCCGGUGGCUCCAAAGUGACGGGCGCCCGCUCCCCCGCUGCCCUCGUCCCUCCUCUCGCGCACACAGCCUGCCGGGCCGUGUUCUCGCGCGCGCUCUCCCCAGCAUCCCCGCCCGGGCAGGGGAGCACCGGGCAGAGGCGCGCCGCUCGCCGUCCAUGCCUCCCUCCUGAGGAGCGCCGCGAGGGGGAGGGGAGGGCCGAGGAGGAAGAGGAGGAGGAGGAGACCGAGAGGGCGCCGGGGAGGCAGGGCGCGCGCACACACCGAGGGACGCGCGGAGGGUGCGAGCCGCGCAGCGAGCGCAGAGCUGCCGCCGGGCGCCCCCCUGCCGCCCCAUGCUGUGCUCCAUGGCGAACUCGGGCUGCCUCCUGCUGUCCAACUCCGGCAGCAUGCUCCCGCACUCCGUGCCAUGCCCGCCCGCCUUCCUCUACCUCCAACAGGGCAAUCAGGACGCCACGGCUCCGCCUGAAGCGAUGGCCCAGCCCUACCCCCCUGCCCAGUACCCCCCUCCGCCCCAGAAUGGCAUCCCCGCCGAGUAUGCGCCCCCGCCUCCGCAUCCCACUCAAGACUACUCCGGCCAGACCCCGGUCCCCCCGGAGCACGGCCUGACCCUGUACACACCAGCACAGACCCGCCCCGAGCAGCCGGGUACCGAGGCCAGCACACAGCCCAUCGCCGGGGCCCAGACAGUGCCGCAGACAGACGAGGCGGCCCAGACGGACAGCCAGCCACUCCACUCCUCCGACCCCACAGAGAAGCAGCAGCCCAAGCGGCUGCACGUCUCCAACAUCCCCUUCCGGUUCAGGGACCCCGACCUGCGGCAAAUGUUCGGGCAAUUCGGAAAAAUUUUAGACGUGGAGAUCAUUUUUAACGAGCGGGGCUCCAAGGGUUUUGGGUUUGUAACUUUUGAAACUAGCUCAGACGCUGACCGAGCCCGGGAGAAGCUGAAUGGGACGAUCGUAGAGGGACGGAAAAUUGAGGUCAACAAUGCCACAGCCCGCGUCAUGACCAACAAGAAGACUGCGAACCCCUACACUAACGGCUGGAAGCUGAACCCCGUGGUAGGCGCCGUCUACGGGCCUGAAUUCUAUGCAGUGACGGGGUUUCCCUACCCCACCACGGGCACAGCCGUUGCCUACAGGGGCGCGCACCUACGGGGUCGGGGCCGGGCCGUGUAUAAUACGUUUCGGGCUGCGCCGCCCCCGCCCCCCAUCCCAACUUACGGAGCGGCACUGGAGCAAACGCUUGUUAAAAUGCCAGUCCCAUGGGCAGGGCUGGCAACCUGCCCCCUCCCUCCGCAGACACCGGAGCCGGCCUACCCCACCUCUCCAGCGUUCCCACCACUCUCUUGUCCGUUUGCUUCCAGGGUCGUGUAUCAGGAUGGCUUUUACGGUGCUGAGAUUUAUGGGGGCUACGCAGCCUACAGAUACGCUCAGCCUGCGGCAGCCACAGCAGCCUACAGUGACAGUUACGGCAGGGUCUAUGCAGCCGCUGACCCUUACCACCACACCAUCGGCCCUGCGGCGACUUACAGCAUCGGAACCAUGUGAAAGCUUCCACCGUUUCCUUCUUGGACCAUGAAGGGCAAAAACAAAAAACAAAAAACAAAAAAAAAUCACAAAACAAAAAAAAAAACAAAAAAAGAUGUUAAGAUCCAAGCAACAAAAAAACAACCAAACCGAGAAGCAUCCACCACGUCCACGUCGCGCCAGGCGCCGCACAGCGCAGCGAGGGAGCACGUCGGCGGCGCCGCCCCUCCCUGGCCACCGAGGGCCGCCAGCACCCCUCCCCGGCCGGCAGGGAGCGCAGGAGGGGGACGGGCCUCUUCUCUACCAAGUCUUCCUUUCCGGCCCCCCACUCCCAGGGCACGCGGGCCCCACGGAGGAACAGGCCGCAGGCCUGAGCCGGGAGAGCAGCCAGCAGGACUUGACCUUUGUUGCCAACUGUGCCAGCGGAGGGAACGGCUGGGCUGGGGUGGGUGGGGGGUAGCUCUUCGUUCCCGGGGUCUCUGGCUUCAGCCCGUGCCCGUCACCCUCACGUCCAGCCGUCUGGGCCCCAGCUCCCCCUUGCGCCACGCCGCCAGCACCGUGUUCUGCAAACCUGGUGAGGGGCUUGCAGGCCACCAGAGUCCCGACGGGCAGCCCUGGGGUCCGACCCCCAACACCGAAGGCUAACGUGGUUCCAGAACUGUGGGGCGCCCAGGCCCCCCUUGCUCCACGUGAGGGGGCUCCCGGGCCGCCCAGCCAGGAUCACACCUCAAACCUAAGAGUGAGCGUCAGGGCAGAGGCCUCGGGGCGAGGGCAAGCUCAGACGGGCCCCAGCCAGCCCGUUUCCUGUCCCCUUGCUGACUCCCUGCCGCCUGCAGGGCCAAGCCCUCCCCGCACUGUCCUGCAGGGGAGCAGAGGGCCAGGGUGGGGGGGGCCAGUGCCUGGCUGCACGGCGAGGCCGGGAGUCACGGCGCCACGGGGCUGGAUGGCCAGGCCCGAGCAGGGGGAGAGACGGGGAAAGGCCUGGAGCAUCGCCAGGGACCCAGGUGCGGGUCCCGGGGUGGCGGGAGAGCAGAGGUGGAAAGCAGGGAGGGGCCCCCCGCCAGGCAGGGAGAGCUGGAGUAGGGGACGCAGCAAAAAAUACGACCUAGGCUCCCAACAUGGCUCCACUGUCUCAUGAAACUUAAA